AUGGAAAUGAAUGAGAUUUCAACGUUCAACCACCGGAGGCAGAAAAUUGUCCAGAAAUUCUGCCUCCGGACGUCCCCAUGUGGACGAUACUACUGUUUUAUGCUGGUGGAUUCUGUAGUGGUGAGGAAAAUCACCCAUUCCCCGGUAAUUGAUCUGCCCACGGUGAAUUUCUCCGUGAGUGAAAUGAAAUGUCCGGAGAGUAUCUCAUCUGGGAAUAUUCCCAGGGACUUUGAGGCUAUUUACAAUACUGCUGAGUUUGAGGAGAAGAAAUCCAUGGUGUUGGAUCCUUUGAUGUGCGUGAAGUACGUGGAGAAUGUUUUGAUUUAUUUGGUUGAUUUGCAAGUCUCAUGGAACUUGCUAGGGAGAUCUGAUGCCCUCCUGAUCGGUGCUCAGAAUUCUGUGGGAUGUGUAAAGUUCUAUUCCAUGGCCAGUAUGGGCAGGGAGUGGGAAGCUGUGGUGGAUGUGUCGAAGGAAAUCAUUGAGUUGCGUCGGUCAGAAGAUGGGCUAGCCAAAACCUUUUCUGAGCUUCAGAAUGCCAUUCAGAGUAACAUAAUCUCAGCUUUUACCUGGACAAUGACUCCUCAUGAGGUCAUCUUCAAGUUCUGUGUGCUCCUGAAGAAUGGAGUAGCGAUUUUCUGCACCUACGACGGAGCUGCAAUUGGGAUUAUUUGUGAGAGGGAUUUUAACAUUCCGAAUACCACAAAGAUCAAGUGGUUCCAGUUCCAGGAGCAUGCCUACCUCAUAGCCACAGUGGCCUCGGGAGAGAUUUACUUAUUCCGAGUAGACGAUGAUGGGAAAUCUUGGAGUUUAGUGGCAGUUAUGUGGACAGAUCAGGAUUAUCUGAUUGUUGAUCACCUGGAAGUCAAUGUAAAUGAGGAGGAAGCUCUGAUCUUUGCUGUCAAGGAUUGCUUCCUGAUCACCUUCACCCUCAGUCAGGAUGAGGACAUCCUCUGUCGCUGCGAUGAGAUUGGAAAGUCAGCAAUUGUUGGCCUUACUCAUGUCUAUGCCUGGGAAUACCUCGUAGUCCUGGCUGACAGACUGACCAAGUUGAUCCAGAUUAAGAAAGCCGGAGAUGAGAUCACCUUCCACGAAGUGGAGAUCAAUAGCAAUCUCCCGGAAAAAUACACAAUCUUCGGAGGAGUCGCAUCUCCUCACAAAGUCUUCUGGAUGUUCGCUGGGGAACUCCUACAGCCCCAUGACAUCCAUACCUGGACCAAUUCUUCAGUAAUCGUCACCAUCUCAACCUUCUCGCACGGAAACUGCCCCCUCACCAUCCUCACGCACACAGAAUCACCUUCCCUCUCCCUGGACGACUGCAAGGAAGCCCUAAGAGUUCGAUGGUUCAAAGAAAACGACGUCAAUCCCGUCUACAUCGAACUAGUGGCCUAUCCCCUAGUCAAUGACGCAGAAUCCCUGACCAAUCUCCGGAAGCGUCUGAUCUACUUAGGAGCAAAAUGCGGAUCCCUCAAAUUGGGCCACGAAUCCGAAUCUCAACUCUUCCUGGAGGAAUUCAAGUACAUCAGGACUACCCUAAUCGCCAUAGGUUUCCUGAGAAAUCUCCAAGCGCUGAGGAAUCACUUCAAAGUCACCCGGAAAUUCACAAUGCUCCAGGCCAAUGCAGUCAGGCACUUCAAAGUCGGAAUAGCGGAAUAUCUGACACUUCCAAUGCCGGAAGAGUACGAACCAGGAUUGCAGCAUCUCAGGACAAUCUUCGAGGACAGUCUCCUGGGGACAGAAGAUGUCAAGUGCAUCCUCAAUUGCUGCCAGGUUUGCCGGAAGGAACUCGAUGAGAACACACUGAAUUGCUCUGAGGGGCAUGAAAUGAGGAGGUGCAUCCUGACCAAUUUUCAGCUUUUUAUCAUGAACGAAACAACCUGCUCACAAUGCGAUCAACUAAUCCUCAAUGACCGAGCCACGCUCACUGAAAUCCUCCUUCUGGACCCUGAUCAAGAGAUCACCUGCCCCAUUUGCGACAAUCCAAUUAUAAUGCCCUAGAGGAAGAAGUCAAAGUUGUUCUGCUCAAAAUCCAACCAUUCAGUACUUCCCGUGGCCCUGGAAUCACUCGAGGCUCCGGACAGAGUGUCACAGUUGCUGGAGGAGGUCCUGGAGUGACAGGAGCACCAGAAUUUCAUUCCAGAAUCCUCAGGUGUGUCCUCAAUGAGACACUGUGCCAGAUGGUAGUCCAGAUCGAAACGCAAACGAGCUCUUAGAAGAUUCACAGUGGUCUGACUUAGGCCUCUGGCCAGGAUGUAGAUCAAUUCUUCAAAAUGCAAUCUCCUUCCCCAAUUCAAAGUCUGCCCCAGGGCACUGAUGUAAUUAUAGGCGAGCCGCAGCGUCUCAAUCUUGGACAAUUUCUGACUGGGAUUCUGAUCCAGAUCCAGGGUAGCCUGGGUUGGAUUGAGAGGGACUCGGGCACGUAAAUUGUCCAGAGCCCGAUUGAGACUUAAAUUGAUUGAGAAUUAAAUAAAUAAAUGUGAUAAUUUUUAAA